AGGUCAGAGGUUCUUCGCUCUUCAUCAGGCCAUCAGCACCACUGAGAUCAGCCUCAUCACACCGCAUUCCAGCAUGUCUAAAAAGAGCGAAAAACCAGCGGAGGGCAAAGAGCCCGAGAGCAGCUGGAAAGACGUGAUCUACAAUCCAAGAUCUGGAGAAUUCUUCGGUCGGACCGCGAGCAAUUGGGGUCUCAUCCUCCUCUUUUACUUGGUCUUCUAUGGCUUCUUGGCUGCCAUGUUUGUCUUCACUAUGUGGGCAAUGCUUCUGACGCUGAAUGACGACACACCAAAGUAUCGAGAUCGGGUUGCGUCCCCAGGGUUGGCUAUUAGGCCAAUCUCUUUGAAUAUAGUUUUUAACAGAUCAGAACCUCUUGCAUAUGGCCAGUAUGUCCAGUAUCUUGAAUCGUUUCUGCAUCAGUAUAAUGACUCAGAACAAGCCAAAAAUGACUUGUGUAUGGCGGGUCAGUACUCGGAGCAAGAUGAGGAACCUCAGAAGAAGGUGUGUCAGUUCAGGAGGAGUUUACUCCAGCGUUGCUCCGGGAUAGAGGAUACCACUUUUGGCUAUGCUAAAGGACAGCCCUGUGUUAUUGUCAAGAUGAAUAGGAUCAUUGGUCUUAAGCCAGCUGGAGAUCCGUACAUCAACUGUACAUCAAAGAGUGGGAAACCUCUCCAGAUGCAGUAUUUUCCCCAUGAGGGGACUAUUGAUAGGAUGUACUUUCCUUACUAUGGGAAAAAAACACAUGAGGGUUAUGUUCAGCCUCUGGUUGCUGUAAAGCUGUUGCUUAAGAAGGAAGACUACAACUCUGAGCUGAUUGUAGAGUGCAAGGUAGAGGGCUCCAACCUCAAGAACAAUGACGAGCGCGACAAGUUUCUCGGUCGCAUCACCUUCAGGGUCCUGGUGACCGAAUAAAGCAGCUGCUGGUAUGGACGCUAAAGGGAAACUUGCACUACUUUUCUCCCUGUUGUCCCUGUCCUCCUUUUAAACCCCCACUGUAUGUCCUGCUGGUCCUCAGCAGGUCUCAAGGACUUAAUUUAACUCUCCACAGAGAGGCAUGACUGAUUGAUUUCUGUUAAUGAAUCCCACUCACCUUGUCUUCACAGGAUCCCUGUUUAGUCUUCUGUCUAGCACCGCCUAGUGUCUCUGAACAUUUAAUUGUAUUUUAACCCUGGGCCUCGCAUUCCCUAGAUGUUUUGAAUUCUUUAACGUCAUUACGUUGUACUCUUAAAGGGAUUUUGUUUACAUUGUGAUUGAUGAGACGGGUUAGUCGCUAUCUACAUCCUUAGUUGGUGUUUUUGUGUUUGUGGUGCUCUGUGUGAAUAUAUUUAAUGAUCGUAUUGUCAUAUUGCUAAAAUAUUUAUGUAAAAAAAACAACAAAAAAACAGUGGCAUUAUUUGACACAUUUUUGAAAUAUGAAAUACGUAAAGAGCCAAAUUUGUAAACUAAAUGAUUUUUAAAACCUCUGCAUGGAGCCUAGUUCAUGCAGAUGCCUUAAGAGCCAUUUAACAUCUUGGUACAAAUGCUAUUUUGACAAAUAAAAAGAAAACAAAUAAGUGGUGGUUGUAGAU